AAAGCCAUCUUCUGCCCGCUCAAUUAUCAGGAUCCCUUGUGGAAACUGAAAAUAAUACUUUGCUCAUGAAUGAUCAGCAGUCUAGUGAUCUCAUCCGACCUUUACUUUAAUGUGGCUUAUCCAAAGCUUUUUAUGCUUAUCCAAACUUUGGCUCCGGACCGCGCUGCGAACCCGAGCUAUUUGGGGCAAAUCCUGGUGACCUCUCUUCCAGCUUGCUCUCUUCAGGAGGAUGAAGAGAGGAUUACUAGCCCAUGGACGGGGUGUCCCAAGCCAGCAAAUAAAAGAGUCCUCCCCGUCUUGGAGCUGAUUUCUAAAGUCAGUCAUGUGUGCUUGAGGAUCUUUCUGUGCCCAGUCUCGGAGACCAGUUCUCCAGGAGACAGAUGGCCUGCGGGCUGCUUUGGUCUCCAGAAAUACAGAGUCAGCCGCAGCACUUAAAAUAGUUCUUAAAAUAGUUCUCUCUCUCUUUUUUUUUUCUUCUUUUUUUUUUUUUUUUUUUUUCCUUAAACAAUUUUGCUCUAGAUUUGCCCAGCAACUACAGAAGCAUUUUCAUUCAUGUUAUUUUGAUAACUGGGAAACUAAGGUCAAGGUGGCCACAAGCCCCAGUCAGGCAAAGGAAAUGGGAUUGGAGCCGAUGGCUGAAAUUAGGACAAGGUUUAGCGAUGUUGCUGCCAUUGGAAUUUUGCCCUGGUUGAAGUGCGGUGCCUGCAGACAGACACCAACCCUCAGGUUAUAUACUCAGAAACCCCAUCCAAAGGAACUCUUUUUGCCCACACACAGAAGGUCACAGAAGACGCUGGUCCAAGUCAGUGACCUGAGAGAAGAUGUUCCUUGGAAAUUGCACUUUAUUUUCCCUGACCCAAGUAGCAGCACUUUAAGGUGUCAGCCCGUCGUGAAGUGUGGAGUUUGCUCAGCUACGUCUGUCACUGCUGGCCAGAUCUCCCUGUGUCCAAACACUAGAUCUGCUAGACAUUCAUUCCCACUCCAGGUCCCUGCCCCUGGGACAGAAAGGAUGGCAUUUCUCCGGGGAUGCAGCCGGGGAGCGCUGGAGCAGUGCUGCGAACGUACACCAGCCUUCCCCGUGGGGUUAUUUACACUCUGUGAAUUUCACCUAUGGAAAACAACUCUCUGGUGGAUCUUCCUAGGGAUAAAUGCAACUGUCCAGAUAAUUCCAGCUCGUGAAACAGUUCUACUGUAUUUUAGCAGCUGAUGGGCUCAGGCUGACCCUGAGCCGUCCCACGGAGCCCACACCUUUCCUGGCUGGGGUGCUGCCCCCUCCGAUACCCUCCGCUGCCGCUGCCUGGGGAGCUCCUCGGGAAAAGCUCCGGCAUUUCAGGGCAGCGGAGCCGGAGGACACGGUGAAGACCACAGGAACAACACAAAAACGGCUGAGGGCCUCUUCUGACCUUUUGCUCUUUACUUGAUUGCCUGUUUCUUUAAAGUGAAUUUACUUACGGGUUUUUUUUUUUAUUUAGUUUUUUCUCCUGCUAUCCCCAUGAGGCAUUCUUUCCUAUGAGUCAUGCACACCAUAAAGAAAUUACUGUUUGGCUCAAAGUUCUGCUCCCAUGCCUGGAAUCAACAUUUUUUUCAGUGAGAGAUAGGAAAUGAGCUGAAUUUGUGGGUGAUUCAUUAUUUACUAUUUUGACCUGAGAUGUGUUUUUACCACUAGCUUUAAAAGAAAAGAAAACCAUACACUAAAAUCCCUAAAACACAAGGCCAAAGCUACAUGUGACUCAAGACACUAAACAUGCUCUUUAAUUGUUUCUUUACAUCAUAUACAGUAAUAACCCCUUAUAACAUUUGACGUUGAUUUUACAUUUUAUGAGGAUUAUUAGUGUGAUUAAUUUUAUUCCGGAAUGGUAUCUUAGUUAUUUAAAAUACCGUUCAAGAGUAUAUUUUCUCAUAUGGCUCAGAAACAUGGUAUUGCUUAUGCAUUUAUAUUCUUUUCUGUGUGUAUGAUACAACAUAAUAAGGCAGUUUUUAAACACCUAUAUAGCCUGGAUGUAAAAAAUCAUACAGGUAUAUAUAAACAGAUCGGUCCUGGGCACUACAGCCCAUCUAAGCUCAGAACUCCAAAUUUGGAAUAAAACAGAAUUCCAGAUGAUAAAAGAGCAAAUCAGACCAAAACCUGGAGACCGAAAUGCGAUGUAAUAGCCAGAGGCAGAGCGCCAGAAGCCAAUUCCAUCGGGGACGGUUAGAAGGGCCCCAGCAAAAAGGUUAAGAAUUGGAGGAACACACAGAGACCUUCUCAUUAGCAGGAUUUUAAGGGUAUUUUAGUAUUAACUCCAGGUGGAUUAUAACCGCUUCCAGUUGCCAGACAAUUCCAGCAUUGCUAUUUGCCUGAGCUCCAGCCCAACGGGCAGACCCCGAAGGCAGCCCAGCCCAGUCCAAGCCACCAAAAUUUUCCUGGAAGCCAAGAAGGUGGAACCUAACCACUGCUGCCUGUAGUAGGGAUAUUUGCAAUCUACCUGGAAAGGUCACUCCUGGGAUCAAAGGCAAUCACAGACCGCCCGGAGACAGGAUUUCUUCAAUCAUACGACUGCUGAGGGUUCGCUAAACACCAAGGUUUGCCCAUUUUUCUUCAACGCUGCCAGUUGGGGUAUUGAAACGUACCUUCUCUUCCCUACAGGCUCGCACCUCAGUAUGUCAAACCAUUUGUGGCUCGGAAGGGUUGACCCUCCUCCAUCUUCAUCACAAAGAGCACUGAUGUCCUUCUCCGGACACGUGGAGGUUGUGUACGGGUCACAGCUCUGCUCAGCUUAGGACCCCACUGUGGGUCUGUAAAUCAACCGCGACUACAUGAACACCAUGAAUCAGCUCUUCACUUCAAGGAGUGAAAAUAAAAUCCGGACCAAGCUCUGAAAGCCUUGCUUGAACCCUUUGCAAGUCACUUUCUAAAAUUAGAUUUAGACAUUUAGGUCAUUAUAAAGCAGAUGCUGCCACCAAAUUUGUUUGGAUGUAAAACUCACUGCGGCACUUUUGCCAGUAGAAACAAAUUAGAAAAUGCUGGCUAGCUCAUCAAAUCCUACUGAUUUAUUCAUUUCGAACUAAAGCAGUUGCAGAAAGUUCUUAAGUACUGCGUCUCUAUCCUUGGCAGAAACUCAUGAAAAAGGCAAUGAUUUUAAUUUUUACUGCAGGAAAUGGAACACAUCUGGGAUCAAGAAGUCUCUUUUAUGGUGGCCAUCACUUCAGGUGGGAGGGGAGGAGGAGGAAGAGGGGAGGAGGAAAUUAAUUUCCCAGAAAAGGCCACAAUAUAUUUUAAAAAAUAUAUAAACUAAAAUAUUGUUCAGAAUGAUUUCUCUUGGUUGAAGUGAACAUUAUCUGUUUUGUUCUCCCAGGAUAGCUUCUGGAUUUGAAGAUGGGUUUUUACAGGGCAGCUAGCAUUUCUGAUUUAACUAAUAUUUUUGCAACCAUGUCGAGAUACGAUUGUGUGGAAAUGAGAUUGCCUUUCUAUGGUCCAUGCAAGCAGACGGAGGAAAGUAGAAGCUACCAGUGACCUCUUCUCCCACAAAAGCCACCCAAUAUAUGCACAGUGUUGCCAAGCUGCAAUGUUUUCACAAGUCCCAUGAUUUUUAGUUGGGAGGAAGAAUGGGUUUAGAAGCCCCACACCCUGGAAGCAGCUAAAUCGGCAUGUACCACCCUAAAAUAUCUCGCAUCGCAGUAAGCCAGAGUUAAACAGGCAGAGCCCCUAAACUAUAAUUUACAAACAACAAUAACAUUUUAAGCCAUCCCACCAUUUUUGGAGUCUGAAUGUCAGUGUGUACAACCAGCACACAAACAGCAUCUAACAUUUUCCUAUUUCUGCUUGGCUGCGACUACUUCAAACAAUUACUUCAGAAGGAUUUGAUGUCCAACUGGGCAUAUGCUGUGCUGCUUGUGGUGAGGAAACCAGGGGCCUGUUGACCGUCAGUGGACACGUCAGGGAUGAUCUCUUAAUUACCGGACCCGUUGAGGCUGUUCUAGCUGCAAGAGCUGUCCUGAGGCUUCCCUCCCACUCUUCGUCAGGAGUAGAGGUGAGGGGAUCUCUGCUCCCCGUUCAAAGGGACUGUCCUCAGCUCAAUCCGCUCGAGGUGUUAGGGCUCUUUCGCUAAUUCAAAGCAGGCCCAUUUUUAGUCUUUCUCAUCUCGAAUGAGUGAUUUGGGGAAGAUGUAGCGGAUCUUACAAACCGUGACACUACUCAAACCCAACGCAGGACUGCGGCGACUGAGGCUCUCGCAAGCUCCUGCGGAGGAAACGAGAUCUCAAUGGCAUUUCUGUCUCAUUUCUGAAGGAGCCCGGCCCCGUUCCUCUUCCUUCUCAGAACACAAACAAUGUGUAGAACAGAAUAUAUAUUGCUACUGCGAGCUGGGGUUUUGUUCAUUGUUAAUGACAUGAAAAAUACAGACUUUUCACACAGUUUUCUUUGUAAAGCCAACAGUUGGCUACAAGCAAAUGCUCUGUAAGGACAGGAUGCACAUUACAGGGAAGAAUGCUACUGGACUGGCCAAGUCAGGUCCGCAAAACCAGUGAAAUGACAUGAUUAAAACUUCCUGUGCAAUCUCAAUUCCGGGCCCUUUUGCAUAAGCUUUAUAAUAAAUAAUUAAAGAACCAUUUUUGUCACCACAUCCCUGUUUCAGAGUGGAAAAGCAUUCCAAAAAUGAGGUGUCUGCAUGUUCUGUCUUCUUGUUGCCUGCUGCAUCUUGCAAUAUGCUGUUUAAACACUUUCUUGAAAUCAUGAUACUUAAUGUCACCAUCAGGUUUAUGAUGGUUGUCAUCUCGGUCUUGCCCAGUGAACACUGCAGAUGUUUAUUAAUAAUGUACUUUCAUACUAAUUUGAGGUGUGAAGAUUCAACUCCUCUGAAUUCCCCCCCUUGGGGGAACAAGGGCAGAGGGAAAUGAACAUCAGAAGUGUCCACCUUCUCUGCUCAGCUGCUGCCUCCAGCUUGGGGUUCCUUCAGAGAAUUUAGAUGUAUGUAGCAUUUCAUUUAUUUGACACGCAACUUUAGCUGACCCCAGUUACAACGAGUUAUUGACAGCUCUGGAGCUCUGAAUCAGAGGUCUCCAGAAAUUAAACCAUGAAUAACUGGUGACUAUGUGGGGAAUUGAUUAAGGGACCAGGUGUUAGAGGCAACCCAGCCUCUUUUUCCUAAAUAAGCCUGAUUCCUGCCCGGAACAGGUCCAUCCUCUGCAGGGAAACAGGCAGCUGUCAUGUAGGAAAAAGAAAAAGUAGUAUCACAGAACUGCCGUUCAUUGGGCUGAUUUAUGUGAGGCUGAUCUAAAGCUGAACAAGUUCCCUUUUGGGGUAUUCUUAACUCAUUUUCAUAUUUUAAUGUGCCUUUGUGUAUGACUUCCCUUAUGUCUAGUUGUGAUAACCACACGAGGAGAGGUGAUGCUACCCGGAGGGACUGGGUCGUCUUUCGCACGUGUACCGUUACCCACUAGAGUGCACGUUCUGGGUUGAAAAGAGUAAAUAUGGGAAAGGCUCAUCAAAAGCACAGCUGUUACCUAGAAUUUCAUGGUGAGGAGACAGAACGGAUUUGUGUUCGGACACGAGACCUGGAGUGAAAUUCAGCAGUAUGGCUUGGAGGGGCUGGUUCAGAACAAAAGAGAAAGAGGAUCUGGGGCUUUUCCAGUGACACCCUUGCUGUUGCAAUAUUUUAAAAGGUCAUAGUGAAAAAAAUCCAUUUGCUGGAUACUCGUCUGGGUUUCCACCACGACUCACUGGAUGAGCGAGCCCACAUAACGUAAUUAAUUUGCACCCUGGAAUUCACGUCUGCUCAGGAGGCUGAAUUUCAGAGCAUUUCAGCGCAUUUCUUACUUGUUUUUCUUAGGCUGAGCUCUUCCAGCGUGGCUGCGUCUUUCAGGUGUGGCACAUUGUUUGUGUGAGACCUGAGGUGGGAUUCAAUAAAAGCCAGUCAAGCCACAGACAACACGCACCUCAAAGGGAAAAGGUGCUAUGAAGCAUUAAUGCUUAUUUACCCCGGAAAGAAGCAGUUCAAACAACAUGUUUUCUUCCAGAGUUAAGAUGAACUUGCUGUUUAACUCCUUUAUUACCAAAAGCUGCUGAAUUCCCAGGCAAUAGCAUGGCUGAGACAAAUCACCAUUUCCUCUGCAGAAAAUGGAAGUGGCGUACAAUUGUUCUUUUUUCUUUCUUUUUUUUUUUUUUUUUUUUUUUUUGGUGGGAAAAACAACUUCUGAGUUCCUUUACCACUUUCUGAGCUGAGCUACAAUGGGGCCCAGCCAACCGUGACCUUUCACAAUGUGGGGGAGGAGAUAUGAUGGAGUUACAGCUCGUUUCUCAUUUCUGAUGAUCCCUUUGCAAAAUAGUACCUGUGUUUCCAGGACCCACGAAUGCACAGCUACUUGGAGAAGCGAAUGAUUAAUCUUUCUCUUUUAUGUCCUUCAGAAGCUGUGGCAGUGGCAGUGUUCAGCCAACCCAUAAGUAUAUAAUUUUUUUUUUUUUUCUUUGCAAUCAGAGCAUUUACAUGGCUUUAAAGUGCAUCAGCAAAAGGCAGCAUAUGGAAAAUUCUGAUUGAAAACAUAUGGGAAGUUGCAUCAGAAGCAGAGACUUUUUUCUCUUGCCUUCUGCGGAUGUUGAUUUGCUCCACUCACAACUGUUUGGGGAAAUACAAGGAAAAUACAUUUCCUUUUCUGCCUAGUGCUAUCUAAGCCCCGUGGAUUGACAAUUUCAGCGUUACUGUGAUCUCUACCACGUUCUGCCAGCUGAGAGCCUUCUUUAGCUUGAAUCGCGUGUUGCCUAUUAAUAAUUACUCAACAAAAGUUUAGUUAUGUAUUAUUCAUAGCUUUUUUUUUGAAGUCGUUGACACCACCUGCACUUAACUCUGAAAACCAGUCCUGAAUCAGCUUUCACAGAUCUCUGCCAGAUUUGGGUGUCACCAGAUGAAAAACAUAAUUAUUACAGUAAACCAAUUUUUUUACUUUUUUCCUUCCUAGAGCUAAUUGUUUUAAUUAUUUACCACUUUGUUUCCUACUAGUAACCAGCUGCUUCUUCUUGCCCUGCCUGUAAAUGUGUUUAUUUGUUAAUGCCAGAGAUAGAAAGAGAAGCUGCUGCUGUAAGAGUGGAAAGAAUCUUAAAUCAUCUUCAGUCCUGGUCUGCAUCUGGCACAGUCUCAUUCAUCUAACACAGCCUACAUGGGUCUGUAAAUCAGACAGGGCCCUACAUUCUCGCACCAACAAAAAAAUCGAAGUGAAUCAACUAUGGACUUAGGAAAGAGCGUUAAUGAUUACAGAAGGCUAAAUUGCUGGCAUUACAUGUAGUACAGCUUUCUUUUCAUUUACAUCCCAGGCUGCUACAAUUCAUUAGUGUAAAUAGCAAAAUCUUAAAUAUACCUUUCAGUUCAUGAAGCAAAUAAAGGUCCAAUUUAACAAGGGUGGUUUAUGCAAUUUAAUUUUUUUUUUUUUUCCUGCCCCCAGACAAGAAAAAAACCAAGAAAAAAAGACUGAUCUGGCAAGAGCUGGACGCCCAGUGUCCCGGUGCGUGUGCCUGUGCCAGGUGCUGCUCCUUUUAGCACAACAGAAAAAAGACGGCUGCAGCCGGUGCCGCUGGAUUUAUAAGCACAGAAAGCUUUUAAUUUCAUUUCAAGCAUUCAAAUUCUGGUUUUGUAACAAGCCGCAGCAAGCCCCGGGUGCAGCAGGGCUGAGCCCGGGCAGGGGGCUGUGGCAGGGGGGCCGGUGGGUCUUGCGGGGGGACGUGAUGCAGGAAGGUAGCCUGAAAUCACCUUUUCUAGCCAGUCUGUCCAGGCAUUUGUCAUUCCUUCUCAAUCACUUUAUUUGCAUGGGAUCAAAGGCAGUGUUUGUUCUAACAUUAACUUCAAGCAGUACUUUAAUAAAGGCGUUAUUUUCUACUUGGA